ACCAGUAAAACUUCAAAGCACCUUCGUAUUUCCUCGUAAUAUUUUUUUUAUUCAUUUAUUUUUCCGGAAAAAUGACUAUGAAUAAAAUCGAUUAAAAAGAAUUCAACACCAAAAUAUAAUUUACUGAUUAAUUAUUAAUGGGAAUUAAAUUCCCAUGACAUUCCCAUGUAUUACAGUGACACAGCGUUAGCUUUAUUAGGUACGUUUUCAUACUAAAAUCAAUCCAACACAUCUAAUUUUACAUCAUAUUUACUUUUUAUUCAAUUGACACGUUGAAGUUUGUGUCCAUGAACGAAUAUUCUGUUCCUCUACAUACUGCUGAAUUUACGCAUUUUCUACAAUGUACACUGAAACCGAAAUGUUUUGUUGUACUGAAGGACAUCUGGUUUUACACGUGUAACUCAUAUUAAUGUGUGUUUACAUACCUUUGCCGUCUUUAUUUAAACAGGCGCUUUUAUUCGGAUAGACUCAAACCGGAAGCGAUGUUGCGGUUUCUCUCGCAUCGCAGACUGAAGGCAUUGACAGGUCUCCAGCGAGCAGAGUUUAUCCUGCUAUCAUCCCAGUGUCAUCAUUGAUGCUUUUGCACCGCACCUCUCUCCGGGGACAUGGACGCCACGAUGUUUCAGCUGAGGUCGUUCGUUCAUCACCGGAUGUACGCGGCUGCAGAGGAGAUCCUCGGAGAGGUGGAGAAAACCAUAACGUUAGCCAUGAGCGAAGUUAGUCGCCCUAAAGAGGAGGCUGAAAGUCUGCGACGCCGGACGAGCUUCUUGCAAAAUAAAUCAGCUGACAGACUUCCACUGGCCAGCAGCAGCCUGGAACGUGGAGCCGAAUGUGACCCCCCAGCUCUGCGGGAGAAUCAAUCACCCUCAACGCAAGAGGGGUCGAGCUUCAGCCUGAGUCCCGACCUCCCGGGACCCUCUAAAUUAAAAGCAGGCCUGCACAGUAGCGACUGGAGCUACAGCUGGGCGGAGACGGAUUUCAAAAUGACCGACAUAAAAGAGGAGCAGGUGGAAUCAGGGGAAGAGAGUCAAACGCCAAGCGUUGCUUUUCUCUCCGCUGUAAGUGUGAAAUCCGAGGAAGAUCAGACACGAGCGUCGAACGAAAUGCAGCCGGUUUCUACAGACGACUCGUCGGUUCAUAGUGAGAGCAAACUGAGUGAUGAGGAGCUGUUGAGCAGCAAAGGGGAACCGUUCAAAACAAUGAGAUCGAAUAAGUUUCAACGUGACAAAGAUGGCAAGAAUGGCCGAGCAGCUUUGCCUCGCGAGAAUCGAAAAAGCCAAAAAGACCGAAGUUUUUGUCACUUGUGUGGCAAGGGAUUUCAGUACAUCGGCUCUUUGAUGAAGCACAUAAAAUUACACGAGAGCCAGACUGAUUGUAGUUUCUGUGGGAUGACACACCAGUCCACGAGAGAGCUAAUAAUUCAUUUGAAACGUUGCCACAGCAAAUCAAAUUUUUGCGGCGAUUGCGGAAAGGCCUUUAUCAACAACCGCCGUCUCCGGCUCCACAGAAAAAUACACGCCGGCAUAAGAGAGUUCAUGUGUCAAGAGUGCGGCAAAAGAUUCAAUCGCAGGGAGCAUCUCAUUGUGCACGUGAGGACCCAUUCCGGGGAGAAACCGUAUCACUGUGAAAUUUGCGGAAAAGCAUUCAGCCAGAGCCAGAACCUCACGAUCCAUAAGAGAAGCCACUCCGGAGAGAAGCCGUACCAGUGUGGGCUGUGCGGCAAACUCUUCAACACGAGCAGCCACCUCAAGACGCACAUGCGGUACCACUCGGGGGAGAAACCGUACCCGUGCGACGUGUGCGGGAAAAGUUUUCGCCAGAGUGGACAGAUGACGAGGCACAGGACCACGCACACGGGGGAGAGGCCUUACGCCUGCCACAUCUGUGGUAUGAGAUACAGGUUCGCGCCUAAUCUUAGGGUGCACAUGGAAAGUCAUGAGCAGGCGGCCACAGAGUGAAAACUGAAGUUAACCACCCCAGAAUGUGAAAACUUGUAUCGUUAGCUUAAUAGCGCAAUUGUCCAAGUCAUAUUUGAAGGGAAAAAAACAAGUUUUUGCAAGAACAUUGGUAUUUUUAUUGAUUAAGUAAGUCAAUAAAUGGGCAGUUGGGCAAAUAUGCUAUUAGGCUAACGCUAUGUAAGUUGUUGAUUGUGGUUGAUUCACAACAUGUCAUGUGAGACAGUUCCACAUUUUCCUUGCCACACAACCCACUGAAGUUAAUGGACUGAUUAGAUGCAUUUUACACCUAUUUUAAAAGCCACAACACGAAAUUCUACAUGCUAGCUUAAACCAACCCAAGGUUCCCCCGCCCUCAACAUUUUUUUGUGUGUGAAUUUUGGUCUGGAGUCACUACAGUCAAUAUCCAUCAUGUGUGAUGAAGAUCUGGAGGUCCAGAUGAUGGACAGAUGGACAUUGUCUCAGCACCGUCGAGGUGAUUUUGCUCACGGCCGCCAUCGGAGAAGUCAGGUGUGCAGACUGUGCAUCUGCUGGUCAGAUGCAUAUCAUUCCUACAGUAGUUCAGUGCUCUGAUUGAUUGUUGGACCGUCCAGUUGUUUUUCCUUGUGUUGGUUCAGGAUCCUGCAUGGCAACGGGAUAAAAUCACUUCCCAACAGAGCGACUCCAGACCAGAGGGACUUUGCCCCACAAUGAUCUUAUGGGUGGGGGGAGUUGGGGCUGGCUUCCGUGCAGGCUGUAACAUCUUUGUAUGUCGUGUUAAUCCACAGAGAGGACUUCAUUUUUCAUGUCUUAUGAUGACUCAAGUUCAGACAUUGUUCGACACUAUAUUAAGAAAGAAAGUGGCUGCAUGUAGGCUGCAACUCCCCCCAAUUAUUGCAUAACCGUGACAAUGUGAACGCUCUGUUGUGGCCGUCGUGACGUUUCUUUUAUUUUGAAGGAGGGGGGGUUGAAGAAUUCUGUUCUCAAAAUAACUGCAGCGGCUAAAUAUGUCCAGAAGUCCUUUCAGUGUCCUGUUCUCCGUGGUUUAGACUGCCGAACUACUCGCCUGGUCAGUAUGUGGAUCCCUGUAGGUAAGCACAUCUGCAGAUGAUCUUCUUUCACGUCACAUUCAUGUAUUUUGAUAUAUUGGUCUGUGUAAUGUUCCUGUGCGUUGGCCACAUUUCCAGAUGGUCCACAAUAAAGUUUAAUACCCCGUCAUAUCAAAUUAA